GCGGCGCUGCCACCGCGCGGAGGGGGCCGUCGACACUCGCGUCCGGCCCUCGCUGGACUGAUGGGGAACGGAAGCGCUGAGGGGGGACGUGACUCGCCCGAAGCUGCCCACCGAGUCGGCGUAUGGCGGAGGCUGGACCCUGGUGCCCGGACUCCUGGUCCCCGCCUCCGCUCUCCACCUCAGCCUCCCAGCAGGUGGACAAGAUUGUGGAGCAGCUGCAGCAGUUAAUGCAGGUGUAUGACUUGGCGGCCCUUCGGGACUACUGGAGCUACUUAGAGCGGCGGCUCUUCAGCCGCCUGGAGGAUAUAUAUAGACCCACCAUCAGCAAGCUGAAAACCAGCCUGUUCCGCUUUUACCUCGUCCACACAAUCCAGACAAACAGAAAUGACAAGGCUCAGGAGUUCUUUGCGAAGCAGGCCACGGAGCUCCAGAACCAGGCUGAGUGGAAGGAUUGGUUUGCCUUGCCCUUCUUGCCAUCCCCAGACACCAACCCCACCUUUGCCACCUACUUUUCUCGACAGUGGGCCGACACUUUCCUUGUGUCCCUGCACAACUUCCUGAGCGUCCUGUUUCAGUGCAUGCCAGUUCCCGUGAUCCUGAACUUUGAUGCAGAGUGCCAGCGGACCAACCAGGUGCAAGAAGAAAAUGAGGUUCUGCGCCAGAAGCUUUUUGCGUUGCAAGCCGAAAUCCACCGCCUCAAGAAAGAGGAGCAACAGCCAGAAGAGGAAGAGGCCUUGGUCCAGCACAAAUUGCCUCCUUAUGUCUCCAACAUGGACCGUUUGGGGGAUUCGGAACUAGCCAUGGUGUGCAACCAGAGGAACACCGCUCUCUCACAGUCACCUCGCGGGGGCUUCCUGUCCUCACUGCUGCCUCAGAGUAAGAAGAGCCCUUCAAGGUUGUCGCCUGCUCAGGGUCCCCUUCAGACUCAGAGCUCGGCCAAAAAAGACUCCAGCAGCCAGGUGGCCAAAGGAAGGGACCCGGUGUGCGGCCCCCGGGAAGGGAAGACUCCCUUCAGUGGGCUGGCUGCUGGGGAGUCCAGCUGGUCACAGCACCGGCAGCGACGCCUGCAAGAUCACGGCAAGGAAAGGAAGGAGCUUCUCUCUAUGACUCUGCAGGGCACAGAGAAGAAGCCUGAGGCCAGUGGCCCAGAAGCAGAGCCCUGCCCAGAGCCGCAUGUGGAGGUACCGGACAUGCUGACUCGGGCUGCGGAGCCAGGCCCUGAGGGUGCAGGGGUCCGCCCUGAGCAGCCCUUCAUCGUGCUGGGGCAGGAGGAGUACGGGGAGCAUCACUCCUCCAUCAUGCACUGCAGAGUGGACUGCUCGGGGCGGAGGGUCGCCAGCUUGGAUGUGGAUGGCGUCAUAAAGGUGUGGUCCUUCAACCCCAUGAUGCAGACCAAGGCUUCCUCCAUCUCCAAGUCGCCGCUGCUGUCUUUGGAAUGGGCCUCCAAGCGGGACAGGCUGCUCUUGCUGGGCAGUGGUGUGGGGACAGUGCGCCUGUACGACACAGAAGCCAAGAAGAAUCUCUGUGAAAUCAACAUCAAUGACGACAUGCCCAGAAUCCUGUCCCUCGCGUGCAGCCCCACCGGGGCCUCCUUCGUCUGUUCGGCUGCGGCGCCGAGCCUCGCCUCCCAGGCCGACUUCUCGGCGGCGCUAGACUUCGGCAGCAAGGGCACCAACCAGGUUCCCGGGAAGCUGCUGCUGUGGGACACGAAAUCCAUGAAGCAGCAGCUCCAGUUCUCCCUGGAUCCAGAGCCCAUUGCUAUCAACUGCACGGCCUUCAAUCACAACGGGAACCUGUUGGUCACGGGGGCGGCCGACGGCGUCAUCCGGCUGUUUGAUAUGCAGCAGCACGAGUGUGCCAUGAGCUGGAAGGCCCACAGCGGGGAGGUGUACUCGGUGGAGUUCAGCUACGAUGAGAACACGGUGUACAGCAUCGGCGAGGAUGGGAAGUUCAUCCAGUGGAACAUCCACAAGAGUGGCCUGAAGGUGUCCGAGUAUGGCCUUCCUGCGGACGCCACGGGCCCCUUUGUGCUGGCUGGUUACAGCGGCUACAAGCAGGUUCAAGUGCCCCGUGGCCGACUCUUCGCUUUUGACUCAGAGGGCAAUUACAUGCUGACGUGUUCUGCCACAGGAGGCGUCAUCUACAAGCUGGGCCGGGACGAGAAGGUUCUGGAGAGCUGCUUGAGCCUGGGCGGUCACCGAGCCCCUGUGGUCACUGUGGACUGGAGCACGGCCAUGGACUGUGGCACCUGCCUCACUGCCUCCAUGGACGGCAAGAUCAAGCUGACCACCCUGCUGGCCCACAAGCUCUGAUGGGAGCUGCCCAGAGGGACACCCAGGGGGGGAUGGGACCGGCCGAGGGGCACCCAUAGAAACAGUGUUAUUUGGGAGGGGGAGAAAAAGAGGGGACAGAAACCUACAGGCUGCUCAACCUCAGCCCCUGCCAAUGCAGGGAAUCUUCAGGGAAAGACUGUCCAGCUGCUGUGUCCAGAGUGGGGGCCUGGCUGCGGGCUGCCCACAGCAUGUUCCAGCCCGUGAGAGGGAGACUCAGGAAGCAGGAGAAGCACUGUGAUGGCCACUUUGCUGGCCAGGAAAGAUUGACAGUAUUUUGUAUAUAGAUGCUCAGUUUUCAUCUUUUUUUUUUUUUUUUUU